AUGGAAAAGGGUGAAGCUUCAAUGCGCCUCCGGGAGGCGAUUCAGCUCGACGAUACCUCACUUGUGCGUCGAUUGCUGACACACAGACCCGAUCUAUUGCAAAAUCCCAAUUUCGAGGACAAGAGCAACACCUCGCUGCAUCUGGCGGCGUUGUACGGGCAUACUGAGAUUGCGGAAUACCUCAUCUCGUUAGGUCACGAUCGUGAAACCGAGUCCAAGACCGAAGACUACAUCUACAGUCCGCAUAAAGACAAUCUGGGAGUCUCGGUCAACACCGAUGGCCACUGUCCACUUCAUCUGGCAGCAAUGUACUCGCGCCCCGACAUAGUACGGCUGCUGUGCCAACAAUUCCCUCACACUGUGAACCGACCUGAUAAUAAAGGUACCACACCGCUGCACCUAGCAGCAGGUGCCCACGCAAUGCCCCGCACCCACUUGGCCCGAGCUCGAGCGCGCGCCGCAUCCACGGAAGAUGUUUCUGUCAUAGAGCACCUGGUAGCGCAUGGCGCAAACGUCAACGCACAAGACCGACAAGGCGAUACCUGUCUCCACUAUGCAACAGCUUGGGGUAACUUGAAAGCAGUGAGAGCACUCAUCCAGGCAGGAGCAAUACCCGUCAGUAAGAAUUGGGCGGGUUGGACGGCCGACAGCUAUAGCCUCACUGUGCAAGCCGAGGUGUACUACAAAGCUCUAGUGACCGAGUGGGAAAAGCGGCUGGAAGAUGAGACUCUCCGGGAAACGGAGCGGCGGGCGCAGGGAGCCCGUAGCGUGCGACUGGUCUCUGAUGACAGCGACGACCUUAACUCGGAGCAGUCCAGAAGCCGGGCAGAUAGCGAGAGAAGCCAAGCUACGACGAGGAGCGGCAGUGACAUGGGUUUGGGCAUCACAGUUGGAAAGGUCGAUACGUGGAAGUGA